AUGAUAUUUCAACGACACCCGCUUCUCAUCUCAAUGUUCUCCAAACUUCAGCGCUUCGUACAACCUAUCAGAAGCAUGUCAACCAUCACUAUUCCUAAUUCCAAACAACCCGCUCACAGGUUGACCAUGAUCCCGGGUCCAAUCGAGUUCAGCGAUGAUGUGUUGGACGCCAUGUCAACUCCAAGUCAGGCUCAUACUUCACCAGAUUUUAUUCCAGUUUUCCAAGAAGUUCUGCAAAAUACCCGUAAGUUGUUCAAAUCUUCCAACCCAACUUCACAGCCUAUAGUAAUUUCUGCUUCCGGUUCUUUGGGUUGGGAUAUAGUCGGUGCCAACUUCCUCAACCGAGGAGAGAAAACUCUGGUCUUUUCCACUGGUUUUUUUUCGGACAGGCUCGCUGAUGCCCUUAGUUAUUACACCGAAACUGAUGUCGACGUCGUUAAAGCUCCAUUAGGAGAAUCUGUUCCCCUCUCCGAGGUGGAGAAGGCUCUUUCUGCAAAGUCCUACGACGUUGUCACAAUUACUCAUGUCGACACAUCUUCCGCGGUUAUUUCAGAUGUCGAGGCUAUCGCAAAAAAAAUCCGCUCCAUUCAACCUGAGGCCUUAGUUGUAGUUGAUGCUGUUUGUUCAGCUGGUGUUGAAGACAUUCAAUUUGAUAACUGGGGUUUGGACUACGUCCUAACUGCCUCUCAGAAAGCUGUCGGAGUCCCAGCAGGUCUUUCCAUCUCCAUCGCCUCAGAGAGAGCAGUUAAAAAGGCCUUCGCCAAAAAAAGGCCUACUUCCUACUACGCUAACUUGCAAAAAUGGAUUCCGAUCAUGCAAGCAUAUGAACAUGGUAAGGGUGCCUAUUAUGCCACUCCUCCUAUUCAGUUGAUUCACGCAUACCGUGUAUCUCUCAGAGAGAUUUUGGAGCAGGGCCUUGACAACAGAUUUGCCAAGCACGCCGAAACUUCUAACAAGUUUAAGGACAACUUAGAGUCUUUGGGACUAAAACUUGUCGCCAAGAGGGAAUUUGGUGCCAAUGGGCUGACCGCCGUCUACUUCCCCAAGUCCAUCAAUGGACCUGAUUUGUUGAAGAAAAUUUCUGAAAAAGGAGUGACCCUGUCCACUGGUAUCUACGCUGGAAUUGCUACCGAAUACUUUAGGGUUGGGCACAUGGGUGUUUCUGCUGUUGGAAAAGAUAGACACGAUGUUGAUAUUGUUUUCAGGCUGAUCAAGGAGACCUUGGAGGAGUUAGAGAAAUAG